AUGCAUAAAAGCAAGGCUAGGCUAGCUAAAUGGAGAAGGGAUGCUUUGGGUACUGGUGGCGGUCCUUGUAGCCAAGACAACCUCUCCGAGGUAGACAAGAAAAUCUUGUCUAUCAUCGGGGAGCAAGCUGUGUUUGGCGAUACUGAGCACCGAAUUCCAUUUAUCAGUGAACAGUUAACACCAGAACCAUCAACAUCAUAUGAAUUACCUAAUAAUAAAGCAGAUGAUGCGUAUAUUAUGGUAUUAUCAGGGCCCAUUACUGUGACCUCACCUUCCACAAAAGGUCAAACAUCCAACUUAUGCACUUCCCAAAUUCCAGAAACUGGUUCUCUAUCAGUAAAAAUGGGCUUAAACACAGAACCACCACUGACUGAUUGUGGCUUUGAACGAAGGUCAGGAGGAAAUAACGGAGAAUUUGAUGGUACAGAAUACGCAGUAUGCUCUGGAAGUGGAACCUGCUCCAAAAAAAAUAAACAAAGGAAAACAACUGAUGUCAACAAAGAAGAAGCAAAUAUCGACGAUCAAGAAAAAUCCUAUUUGUGGCUAUUUGUGGAAAAUUUGUGGCAGAGCGACAUAACUCUACGCAUAAUGAAACCAUGGCUUCAAUUAGUCAACAAAAAAGCGUUAGCAACAAAGAAUAUGAAAUUAUAUCAAAUAGGACAAGCGAUAACGAAAAUAAUGAAGGAAUUUUUAAUACACGCAAAGAAUGCAAAGGUAAACUUGACGAACUGUGGCUUCGGAGUCUUCGAGGAGUGGAUCUGCGAAGAAGGAUUAUCCACGACAUAUGGGAAGCUCCAAGCGAUGGAUUGGGACGAAGGUUUGAGCUCAAUAUUAUUCGACCAUUAUUCCGAAGCAAUCAUGGAGUUGGAGAAACGUCAACAGGAAUCAGAGGACGAAGUGGAAUAUUUAUCAUCGGCGAACAUGAAAGGCAUAUCCACGUCAUCCACGACUGCCAAUAUUCAGGAAGUACAUGUAGGUGCGUCCACAUCCAAAGACUCAGAGAUUAUGUUACCGAAGAUAUCGAAGAAGAACAAAUCUGGGAUAACGAAAAACAAAGUCACAUUCCUGAAGGAGAAAUCACCAUCGAAGAGGCUGAGGAAACUGAGCAGCGACGACGAAUACGAAGUCGGUCAAUUAUUCCAGGAACAACAGAAAAAUACUCAAGGGAGUGUAGAGGACGAGAGCGAACCGGAUGUGGACAUUCAUCCAGAAACGCCGAAGAAAAAGAGGAAAGUGACAUGGAACGACUCGGAUUCGGAGAAAGAAGGAGUGGACGAAGAAGAGGAUUACGCUUGUAUGGUCGCAAAUCUUGCUCAAGCUCAUUCAUUAGUACAGAGUACUGGAAAAAUCUCGCAAUCUAUCUUAGUAAAGGAUGCAGACGGUUAUAUCAAUAUAACGUCGCCGGGAGAGCGUGGGUGUAUGCUGGUGAAGUUAGAGCUUUACCCAUUCAAAGAUUGCGCCAAAUUACCGAAGAAUCAGUAUUGGACCAAGCGCACAUACAGCUCACUAACAGUGAUCUCUUCGCCAACAUCCCCUGCAUACGAUCUAGUAAUGAAACUGAGACGCCAGAUGACAAAGGACGUUAUGAAAAUCAAAAAUGUAAAGACCGAAAAGAAGGUCGUAUCAGGCUGGAAAAGUGGU